GAUAUUCCUGUGAGAAGAAACGCGGAUUACAACGGCCAAGCUGGAAAUGCAUCGAAGGAGAGCUUGAGAAGGAGCAAUGGAGGACGAGCCACGGGAUACCUGUUUCGGGGCAGGAAGCGUGGCAGGGGCUGUGAUCGGUACUUUCCUUACGACGAUUCUCCUGCUACUCGUUGCUGCGCUCCUUUACAAACAGUGGCGUAGACACAAGGGAAAGCACCUGGUGCUAGUGACAGACCCGGAAAUCGUCGAGGAAGCCUACGCGUUCGACAAUCCUUGUUUCAAAGAUGUCACAACAUCACCAACAAACCGCACACGAGAAGCAACGAUAUCUGUGGCAUCUGGGGACACCCCAGGUAAAGAUUCUGCACGAUGGUCUACUUCUUGGACAUCCUUGGGACUUGGUUCAACUAACCGCAAUGAUAAGCGAAAAACUCUCGACGACUCCUGUCUUGGACCGAAAACCACGAGAAUCAGCGAAGUAAACUUGAAAAGUCGAGAUUUCACGGGACUGGGAUUUAAUAUUUGUGGCAAUAUGAGAGAGGGAAUCUUUGUUAAGGAUCUCUUACACCGUGGACCUGCAUCAGAAUCUGGAAAAAUACAUCCUGGUGACCGCAUAGCCAGUGUGAAAAUCAGUUUUCGAAAUAUGGUAUAUGAAGAUGCUUUAACAAUCUUAAGCUACGCUUCUCCAUAUGACGUAAAGCUGGAAGUAGAAAGUGGAGGAAUUGGGUCAAAACCGACCACUCUUUUGAAGAAGAGCGUUGGUCCAAGCGCAGCCAGAAUUUGCCAUCCUUUGUACAGAAGUCAAUCAAUUCCAGAACUCUCUCAAUCCAAGAGCAUCGCAAAAAGACUGUUUAUAGUAGAUCCAAACGAAUCCAUCAGUUCCAAUUAUUCGACGAUGAACUCUACUUUAAAAUCUUCCAAAUCAACGCCCAGCAAACAACCUUUUGAAAAACGUCAUGAAGAAUCAAAAAGUAAUCACCAUAAGUUUGGUAUCAAGGUUCUACCCGCUCUCGAUGGAACAGUUCACCGAAUUGAAAAUCAGAACGAGCACAACACAAACCUCGAAAGAAGACAUUCAAAGAAACUUGACAGAGAAAAGUAUCUUUCCAACACGAGUAAAAGUUCCCUAGCGAGUGAUAAAAAGGAAGAAGCACAACGACAACAGAAUUCGCAAGUAUUAACCAGACCUAAGGAGAAAACUGAUGCUUUUGAGAUGCGUUUAUCUAACGUCGAUACAUUAGAUAAAGGAGGAGAUUCGUCAGUUCACAUCCCACAGGAAGUACCAGCGGAAGUGCAUAACGCAGCCAUGGCUGCUCGCAGAAACAGGAAAAAUAGCUCUGAACUGUUGAGCGCUCAGAAGGACAUUGAGUCUGUUGAGGAAGAUUCGAAGAAUCAACAGAAGAACAAAAGAAAAGCUCCACCGCCUCCAACGAGCGAAUACAACCCCGCGAAGAAGGAUUCCUCUAUUGCGAAGAAAGAGUGUGAAAUUAACAGCAUCAGUGACUUUACCGAAUCUCUGACAGACUACGUGAACAAGGUGCGUGAAGACACCGAAACACCGAAGGUGGAGACCUUGAUAAUUGAUGGAAGACAUUCCGAGUCUGAUACUGACAGCGAAAUACAGAACAGCUUCACGACCAUUGAAUUAAAUUCCACCAACAUCACGAUCCACCAAACACCUGUACCUGAGACGAACGACGACGAAGACGAAGAAGACGACGUUUACAGAAAGGCAGCGAGUUUGGGAGACCUGUCCAAGUACGAGUGCAAAACGUCAGCCACUCUUGAAAGGGCACAGAGUCUCGAUAUGACGGACACGGGCACGAAGAAACGCAAAGCGCCGCUUCCACCGGAAGAUAUCAAUGAGUCUACAGAGGAUCUGACUAAACUUGAUCAGAUGGACACCUUUGAUAGACGGUUGCUGAAGAAAUCGAAUGAAUGGGGCAACCUAGAAGAUGUAUGGCGUAAAAAGCAAGAUGUGGAAGAGAAAUCAAAGAAGUUGAGAGUUAGGAAGAAAAGCAACGAACGACCCAAGUCUUCCGUAGAAAUUAAAUUGAAAGAUGAAGAAAAUCCUGAAGACGAAACCAGCAUUGAACUCUACAAUCUUCCUUUGAGUAAAAGACUCACAGAGGAGUUUAUUCGUGCGGAACGGAUGUUCAAUCCAGAUGAAGACAAUUCACUUGCCAGAAUCGUGAACGAUGGUACUGUCGUUAAGAGUCCUACCCUUGAAGAAGUAGAGUUACAAUUCAAGCAGGAAGCAUCAUUACCUGAAGAGCUUAAUAAUGACAGCAUACUGGAUGAACAUCUGUCCGACGAAGAGGAUAAAUUCAGUAAAGCUAUGAAGCAUUUUGAAACAUCCUCAGAACGUUCAUUAAAUUUUCCAGAAUCUUCUAAACAAGAAUUACUACUAAACAGUAAAUUGUAUAUUGGUAGGAAAAUGGUGGAUGAAGAGCCAAUGACAAAGAUUCACGUUAAAAGAGCAUGUCACGCUUGUGAGGAGAAUUGUAAUCGUCACGAGAAUUGUCAGAAAAGGUCUUUCUCUAAGCGGUCGUCUACUCCGAUACCGUUGCAAGAAGAAGAAUCUUAUACUCAUGGUGCAACGUUGAAGAACGAAGACAAAAGCGAAAACUCGUCGAUGAAUUUAAGGUCCAGACGAGUCAUCGAGAUUCAGAGACUCGAUAGGGAAAAUGAUGAAGAUGAGGACGAGUACGAGUUCGGCUCCGGUGUGACUAUAAGCAAUAAGAGUUUAUUCGAUCGCGAGGAUCGCCGCAACAUUAAUAAUAUUAGUGUGUCCAGUGGUGAGAACAGUGAAGACAGCGGAUUGGUUGGCGAGUCUAUGGAUUACCAUACGCAGGACUUUGACCACAGACCUCCAUUACCUACCACGCCCAUGCCACAGAAAAUGACGUAUAUUACGGAGAUCAAACUCUCUGCCAACGGUGGAAAGCUUCAAGAAGAUGAUAGUGAUGAAACAAAAGAAAAGGAGAGCAAAUUGGCGCAGAACGAAAUGAAAACGGUUUCGAACGGUAAGGCUUCUAGCAAAAAGCCCCCAGUUCCUCCUAGACGAACGGACAUUAUGAAGUCCAGUAAAAAAGGAAAUAUCGAAAAACAAGUUAUUUAUGUGUCUGAAUAUAAAUCAAACGAAUCGAAGGAAUCAGACGGGUCAGAUGUGAGUCAAGAGAUCAAACAAUCGGACACUGGUUCACAGAAACAUGAUCAGUGGACGCUUUUGGAAGAUAAACAGCAGAAUCGAUGAGAAUAGCCUGUAUACCAGUGAACUAUAAUCAGUAAUACUUUCAGAUAUUUAAUGUAUGAUUCUUUAACGCAUUCUUUUAACACUGGGAUAGCAAUAAAUUCCAGUUCUUGAAGAAGUCCAGUUCUGACAGACUGUUAAGUUGUUGCGCAUGAACAAAAUUUGAAGAAAAUAACUACGCGAAGAUUUGCAUGUUGUCUCGAGUCCCGAAAAACUGAACUUCGAAAGAGGAUACAAAACUUGAGAUAACAUUCGCAAACUGUUACCAAUCUCCAAUCUUUUAUACCUCAAAAUGAUAAAGAUAUCAAUGAAACGUUUAUGUAGUCAUUUUCGUCAAACUUUAAACUUCAAAUUUAUACGCCAUAAGUACUAUUUUGCGGUACUUUUAUGUUAUCAAAUCAUGUCAGCUUUUCCAUGCUUUAAAAUCGUCCAUUUGAUAUACAACAAGCUAAUACUAAUAUCAUCUGUUCGUCAUUAAUUGUAUAGAAAUCUAUAAGAAAAAGAUUACUAUUAUCGGCAAUAGAAAUUUGAUAUUAUGAAAUUGAAAAGCAAUUAUAACAUAUUGUACUUAACCUUUAUCGCAUAGAUGAAGCAGAUGUCGAUCGCUAUAUGUAUGUAUUAUCAUAUGCUCAGUUUGAAUAGAUCUGCUCUUAAACUA